UCCCCUCAGGCUCGGCUGCGCCGGGGGCCGCGGGCCGGUUCCUGAGGUGGCCCAGGGGCCCUCCCGCCGCCGGCGCCGCCCGGGCCGUCCCUCCCCGCCGCCCCCCGCCCUCCGCCUCCGCCUCCCCCCGCCCUCCGCCUCUCUUCCCCCUCCCCGCCCAGCAGCGGUCGCUCGGGCCCCGGCUCUCGGUUAUAAGAUGGCGGCGCUGAGCGGCGGCGGCGGCGGCGGUGGCGCGGAGCAGGGCCAGGCUCUGUUCAACGGGGACAUGGAGCCCGAAGCCGGCGCCGCGGCCUCUUCGGCUGCGGACCCUGCCAUUCCCGAGGAGGUGUGGAAUAUCAAACAAAUGAUUAAGUUGACACAGGAACAUAUAGAGGCCCUAUUGGACAAAUUUGGUGGGGAGCAUAAUCCACCAUCAAUAUAUCUAGAGGCCUAUGAAGAAUACACCAGCAAGCUAGAUGCCCUCCAACAGAGAGAACAACAGUUAUUGGAAUCCCUGGGGAAUGGAACUGAUUUUUCUGUUUCUAGCUCUGCAUCAACGGACACCGUUACAUCUUCCUCCUCUUCUAGCCUUUCAGUGCUACCUUCAUCUCUUUCAGUUUUUCAAAACCCCACAGAUGUAUCACGGAGCAAUCCCAAGUCACCACAGAAACCUAUCGUUAGAGUCUUCCUGCCUAAUAAACAGAGGACAGUGGUACCUGCAAGAUGUGGAGUUACAGUCCGGGACAGUCUAAAGAAAGCUCUGAUGAUGAGAGGUCUAAUCCCUGAGUGCUGUGCUGUUUACAGAAUUCAGGAUGGAGAGAAGAAACCAAUUGGCUGGGACACUGAUAUCUCCUGGCUCACCGGAGAGGAAUUGCAUGUAGAAGUGUUGGAAAAUGUUCCACUUACAACUCACAACUUUGUACGGAAAACGUUUUUCACCUUAGCAUUUUGUGACUUUUGUCGAAAGCUGCUUUUCCAAGGUUUUCGCUGUCAAACGUGUGGUUAUAAAUUUCACCAGCGUUGUAGUACAGAGGUUCCACUGAUGUGUGUUAAUUAUGACCAACUUGAUUUGCUGUUUGUCUCCAAGUUCUUUGAACACCACCCAAUACCACAGGAGGAGGCCUCCAUAGCAGAGACUGCCCUAACGUCUGGAUCGUCCCCUUCUGCCCCCCCCUCCGAUUCUACUGGGCCCCAAAUUCUCACCAGUCCGUCUCCUUCAAAAUCCAUUCCAAUUCCACAGCCUUUCCGACCAGCAGAUGAAGAUCAUCGAAAUCAAUUUGGACAGCGAGACCGGUCCUCAUCAGCUCCAAAUGUGCAUAUAAAUACAAUAGAACCUGUCAAUAUUGAUGACUUGAUUAGAGACCAGGGGUUUCGUAGUGAUGGAGCCCCUUUGAACCAGCUGAUGCGUGGUCUUCGGAAAUACCAAUCCCGGACUCCCAGUCCCCUCCUACAUUCUGUCCCCAGUGAAAUAGUGUUUGAUUUUGAGCCUGGCCCAGUGUUCAGAGGAUCAACCACAGGCUUGUCUGCCACCCCCCCUGCCUCAUUGCCGGGCUCUCUCACUAAUGUAAAAGCAUUACAGAAAUCUCCAGGGCCUCAGCGGGAAAGGAAAUCUUCUUCAUCCUCAGAAGAUAGGAAUCGAAUGAAAACACUUGGUAGAAGGGAUUCAAGUGAUGAUUGGGAGAUUCCUGAUGGGCAGAUCACAGUGGGACAGAGAAUUGGAUCCGGGUCAUUUGGGACAGUCUACAAGGGAAAGUGGCAUGGUGAUGUGGCAGUGAAAAUGUUGAAUGUGACAGCACCCACACCUCAGCAGUUACAGGCCUUCAAAAAUGAAGUAGGAGUACUCAGGAAAACUCGGCAUGUGAACAUCCUGCUCUUCAUGGGCUAUUCAACAAAGCCCCAGCUGGCUAUUGUCACCCAGUGGUGUGAGGGCUCCAGCUUAUACCACCAUCUCCACAUCAUCGAGACCAAAUUCGAGAUGAUCAAGCUGAUAGAUAUUGCUCGGCAGACUGCACAGGGCAUGGAUUACUUACACGCCAAGUCAAUCAUCCACAGAGACCUCAAGAGUAAUAAUAUUUUUCUUCAUGAAGACCUCACAGUAAAAAUAGGUGAUUUUGGUCUAGCCACAGUGAAAUCUCGAUGGAGUGGGUCCCAUCAGUUUGAACAGUUGUCUGGAUCCAUUUUGUGGAUGGCACCGGAAGUAAUUCGAAUGCAAGAUAAAAACCCAUAUAGCUUUCAGUCAGAUGUAUAUGCAUUUGGGAUUGUUCUAUAUGAAUUGAUGACUGGACAGUUACCUUAUUCAAACAUCAACAACAGGGACCAGAUAAUUUUUAUGGUGGGACGAGGAUAUCUUUCUCCAGAUCUCAGUAAGGUACGAAGUAACUGUCCGAAAGCCAUGAAGAGAUUGAUGGCAGAGUGCCUAAAAAAGAAAAGAGAUGAGAGGCCACUGUUUCCCCAAAUUCUUGCCUCUAUUGAGCUGCUGGCCCGCUCAUUGCCAAAAAUUCACCGCAGUGCAUCAGAACCCUCCUUGAAUCGGGCUGGCUUCCAGACAGAGGAUUUUAGUCUCUAUGCUUGUGCUUCUCCAAAAACACCCAUCCAGGCAGGGGGAUAUGGAGAAUUUGCAGCCUUCAAGUAGCCACACCAUCAUGGCAACAUCUACUCUUAUUUCUUAAGUCUUGUGUUCGUACAAUUCGUUAACAUCAAAACACAGUUCUUCUGUUCCUCAACUCUU